CGAUACUUUCUCAACCCAAAACGUAAUAUCUUUUUGAAAUAUUUCUACAGUUUCAAACCUAUUGCUCAAAUAUGUGUUUCUUUGAGAAUCGCGGCGAUAGAGAUUCUAUGGUGGUGAAGAUGGAUGUGGCAUGGUGGAUGGAGUCGCCUCCUCCGCAGAUAAUUUUUCCCGAGAAACCAUCUACUUGUCCGAUUCUCGAGACGAUUAUAGAAGAACAAGAGACUGAAGAAGACGAUCAAGAACAUGAUAACAAAGAUGUUUAAUGAUCAUUUGAUCUUCCUUCUUGGGGUUUAGAUAGAUCUUUGCUGAUGUAAUUUUCUAUAAAUGUAUAAGACGAGACUUUGUAUGUAUAUAAGUAUAUUUAUUUAUCAUCAUAUCUCGUGGUAUUUGUGAGAUUUUUGGAACUUACACGUCUUGUAGUUCGAUGAUCACUUCCUAAUACCAAACAUACAGUAUGUUCGA